GGACCGUACGGAGUCCUCCAUGUCUUCCGCGCCGCCGCCGCCGCCGGCACCGCCUGGCGUGCUGCACCUCGAGCGCUUUCUCGAGUCCGUCCUCAAGAAGAAUUUAGACACCGUGCUGUCGCAGCGCGAGGAGCUCUACAACACCGUCGCACAGUGCGCUCAGCUUCGUUGGUUGAUGGAGGACAUGCAGGCUUUGUCGCGCUACCACUCGUUUGUCGAGGCCGCCUCCGCCGCCGAAGCCGCGAGUGCGACCUCAGCGUCCGCAGCUGCUGCUGAUGGUGCUGCGGCUGUUGCCCCGAGCACAAGUAAUCGUAUCUCGGCCUCGUCCUCAUCGCCUGUGAGCAAGCGUGCGCAGGCGAACGCGUACACACCCCCGCAGCGCAAUACGAUCCUCGUGGACCUUGGGCACCACUUUUACACCCAAGGCGUGGUGAGAGACGCCAGUGUGGUGUACGUGAACCUUGGCUGUGGGGUGGUGCUGCCCAUGUCCCAGGAGGAAGCUCGUGCAUUUCUGAAGAAGAAGGAGUCGGUGGUGAGGGAGAUGAUCACGAGCAAGUCAAAGGAGGCGCUUCGAAUUAAGUAUCGAAUUCGGCUCGUGAGUGAGGCGAUUGCGCGUUUAAACGAAAGCCAUCUUGGAUUGUAG